AUGGGGUCGUCAUUCACAAUGUGGACGAAACUCAAAUGGAAAUGGAUUUUAAUAAUUGUCAUAGUACAAUUUAUCGACUUAACUGUUAAUGAAAAAUAUUUUAGUCACAUUGAGAAGCAACGCUAUGACGGCUGGUACAAUAAUCUAGCACAUCCUGAUUGGGGAGCUGUGGAUACUCAUCUAAUUAGAAAAGCACCAUCAGCAUAUUCAGAUGGCGUAUACGGUAUGGCGGGUCCAAACCGACCAUCACCAAGAAAAUUAUCAAGACUUUUUAUGAGAGGUCAAGACGGUCUGAGUUCGAAGGAUAAUCGUACAGCACUGCUGGCAUUUUUCGGACAAGUUGUGACAAAUGAAAUUGUGAUGGCGUCAGAGUCUGGGUGUCCCAUAGAGAUGCAUCGAAUAGAGGUGGAAAAGUGUGAUGAAAUGUACGAUAAGGAGUGUCGAGGUGAUCGAUACAUUCCAUUCCAUCGAGCAAUGUACGAUCGUCAUACUGGACAGAGUCCAAAUGCACCGCGUGAACAGAUCAAUCAAAUGACAGCAUGGAUUGACGGUAGUUUCAUAUACAGUACAUCAGAGGCAUGGCUGAAUGCAAUGAGAUCUUUUCAAAAUGGUACACUGUUGACUGAUAAAAGUGGCAACAUGCCAGUUAAGAAUACAAUGCGGGUGCCACUUUUCAACAAUCCCGUGCCACAUGUCAUGCGUGCACUUAGCCCUGAACGAUUGUAUCUCCUGGGCGAUCCGCGCACGAAUCAAAAUCCAGCAAUAUUGUCAUUUGCGAUACUUUUACUACGUUGGCACAAUGUGCAGGCACAAGAAGUGAAACGUAAAUAUCCAGAUUGGAGUGAUGAGGAAAUUUUCCAGCGUGCACGACGACAAGUUGUUGCAAGCUUACAAAGCAUCUUCGUUUAUGAGUAUUUACCAGCAUUCUUAGGUGGAGUUGACUUAGAUCCAUAUACUGGAUAUAAAGGAGAUGUACAUCCAGGCAUUUCGCAUAUGUUUCAAGCAGCAGCAUUUCGAUUUGGUCAUUCACUUAUUCCACCUGGCAUUAUGAGAAGGGAUGGAAAAUGCAACUAUAAAUUAUCAAGAAUGGGAUCUACAGCUAUUCGAUUGUGCUCGACGUGGUGGGACUCAAGUGAUAUUUUUGAAGACUCAAGCAUUGAAGAAUUUUUAAUGGGUAUGGCAUCACAGCUGGCAGAGCGUGAAGAUCCGUUCUUAUGUUCUGAUGUACGUGAGAAAUUGUUUGGUCCAAUGGAGUUCACACGACGAGAUCUCGGUGCAUUAAAUAUCAUGCGUGGACGUGAUAAUGGUCUUGCUGAUUAUAAUUCAGCACGUAAAGCUUACAACUUGUCACCUCAUAAAGACUGGAAGGAUAUUAAUCCAGUUUUAUUCGAAAAGGAUCCUGAGCUGAUGAAUAUUCUCAUUUCAGCAUAUAAAAAUAGACUGGAUAAUGUUGAUGCUUAUAUUGGUGGUAUGUUGGAGUCUUAUGGCAAGCCUGGUGAGCUUUUCACAAAAGUUAUUUUGGAUCAAUUCACAAGAAUCCGUGAUGCUGAUCGUUAUUGGUUUGAAAAUGAGGAAAAUGAAAUUUUCACCAAAGAGGAAAUUGAGAAGUUUAGGAACAUAAAAUUAUGGGACAUCAUUGUAAAUAGUACAUCAAUUGACCCUGACAGUAUUCAACAAAAUGUUUUUCAAUUUAUGGACGGUGAUCCAUGUCCACAGCCAGAACAACUCAAUGCUUCAUUACUUGACAAAUGCUCACAUCUCGAAGGCUAUGAUUAUUUCUCGGGAUCUGAAUUAACUUACAUUUACUCAUGUGUUGUACUUGGAUUUGUUCCAAUUCUAUGUGCAUUGGCUGGCUAUUGUGUCGUGAAACUUCAAAACAGACGAAGACGUCUAUUGCGAGUUCAACAAGAAAACAUUCGAUCGAAAGGAGGAAAACAAACAUUUGAUAAAAUGAUGGCACGUGAGUGGCUUCAUGCCAAUCAUAAGCGUCUUGUUACAGUCAAAUUUGGACCUGAAUCUGCUAUUUAUACAGUCGAUAGAAAAGGAGAAAAAUUGAGGACAUUCAAUCUUAGAAAUACUGAUACAAUUCAAGUUGAAUUAAGUCAAGAAAGUUAUACAAAGAAGAAGCCGCUUGUGCUGUUGAGAAUCCAUAAUGACCAUGAUUUAGUACUGGAACUAGAAACAGUCGGUUCACGUCGCAAGUUUGUCAAGAAAUUGGAAGACUUUUUGAUAAUUCACAAGAAGGAAAUGUCAAUCAAUGAACAGAACCGUGAAUUGAUGUUAGCAAGGGCAGAGACAAGGGAAAGACGACAGAAAAAAUUGGAACACUUCUUCCGUGAGGCUUAUGCAUUAACAUUUGGUUUAAGGCCAGGCGAGAGACGACGACGUUCUGAUGCAUCAAAUGAUGGGGAAGUUAUGACAGUCAUGCGAACAAGUUUAUCAAAAUCUGAAUUUGCGGCCGCACUUGGUAUGAAACCCGAUGCCAUGUUUGUUAGAAAAAUGUUUAAUAUUGUCGAUAAAGAUCAAGACGGUCGUAUUUCAUUCCAAGAGUUUUUGGAGACUGUUGUACUUUUUUCACGCGGCAAAACAGAAGAUAAAUUGCGUAUAAUUUUCGACAUGUGUGACAAUGACCGUAAUGGUGUCAUUGACAAGGCAGAGUUUGGUGAAAUGAUGAGAUCACUUGUCGAAAUUGCACGAACGACAAGCUUAACAGAUGAUCAAGUGACGGAAUUGAUUGAUGGAAUGUUUUCUGAUUGUGGAUUAGAACAUAAAAAUCACUUGACAUACAAAGAUUUUAAGGAAAUGAUGAAGGAAUACAAAGGUGAAUUUGUUGCUAUCGGUCUUGACUGUAAAGGUGCUAAACAGAAUUUCUUGGAUACAUCCACGAAUAUUGCUCGAAUGACAUCAUUUGCUAUUGAACCAACUGAAUCUGAAAAACACUGGAUACUCGAGAAAUGGGACACGUACACAACAUUCUUGGAAGAGAAUCGUCAAAAUAUUUUUUAUCUCUUUCUCUUCUAUGUCGUAACCAUCGCACUGUUCGUUGAGAGAUUCAUUCAUUAUUCGUUUAUGGCUGAACAUACAGAUUUACGUCACAUUAUGGGUGUUGGAAUAGCAAUAACACGAGGUUCUGCAGCUGCAUUAUCAUUCUGCUACUCAUUAUUGUUGCUCACAAUGUCAAGAAAUUUCCUCACAAAACUCAAAGAAUUUCCCAUCCAACAGUACAUUCCACUUGAUUCGCAUAUACAAUUUCAUAAAAUUGCAGCAUGUACAGCACUCUUCUUCUCAUUGCUUCAUACAGUCGGUCAUAUUGUAAAUUUCUAUCACGUCUCAACGCAAUCACAUGAAAAUCUUAGAUGUCUCACGAAAGAAGUGCAUUUUGCAUCAGAUUAUAAGCCUGACAUCACGUUUUGGUUGUUCAAGACACUCACUGGUACAACUGGUGUUGCCUUAUUUAUCAUCAUGUGCAUCAUUUAUGCAUUCGCACAUCCAACGAUACGAAAAAGAGCUUACAAAUUCUUUUGGACUACUCAUUCACUUUACAUACUUUUGUAUAUCCUCUCAUUGCUUCAUGGAUUAGCAAGAAUUUCUGGUCCACCACGAUUUUGGAUAUUCUUUAUUGGACCAGCAAUUAUAUUUGUCAUUGAUAAAGUCGUGUCAUUAAGAACGAAAUAUAUGGCACUAGACGUAAUUGAUGUUGAAUUAUUGCCAUCGGAUGUAAUAAAAAUAAAGUUUUAUCGACCACCAAAUUUAAAAUAUUUAUCUGGACAAUGGGUACGAUUCUCAUGUACGGCAUUAAAGCCGGAGGAAAUGCACAGUUUUACAUUAACAUCUGCGCCACACGAGAAUUACCUUUGUUGUCAUAUUAAAGCUCAAGGUCCAUGGACGUGGAAACUUCGUAAUUAUUUCGAUCCAUGCAAUUAUAAUCCAGAUGAUCAGCCAAGAAUUCGAAUUGAAGGUCCAUAUGGUGGUGGAAAUCAAGAUUGGUAUAAAUUUGAAGUCGCUGUUAUGGUUGGUGGUGGCAUUGGUGUGACUCCAUACGCGAGUAUCUUAAAUGAUUUAGUAUUUGGUACGAGUACAAAUAGAUAUUCUGGAGUUGCGUGUAAGAAGGUUUACUUCUUAUGGAUAUGUCCAUCACAUAAACACUUUGAGUGGUUUAUUGAUGUCUUGAGAGAUGUUGAGAAGAAGGAUGUGACGCAUGUUUUAGAAACUCAUAUUUUUAUUACUCAAUUCUUCCAUAAAUUUGACUUAAGGACUACUAUGCUGUAUAUAUGUGAAAAUCACUUCCAACGAUUAGCGAAGACAUCAAUGUUCACGGGACUAAAGGCUGUUAAUCAUUUUGGACGUCCCGAUAUGUCAAGUUUCUUAAAAUUCGUUCAAAAGAAACAUUCAUAUGUUUCAAAGAUCGGCGUGUUCUCAUGUGGACCUCGGCCGUUAACAAAGAGUGUCAUGUCUGCUUGUGAUGAGGUCAAUAAAGGACGAAAACUUCCAUAUUUCAUUCAUCAUUUCGAAAACUUUGGCUAA